AUGAGAAAGGCCUGCACUAGUAGCCGAAAAUGCGCCUCUCGGAGCCGCGGAGGAGUCAUGCAAGGUGCUUGGUGCGGAUGCAGGGGUCCAUUACGGAGAGAAGUGUAUGAUGAGGGACAGGUGUUUGAUAUUAGUCACAGGAUUCAGAGUGCUGCACUGUUAGUCAAUGUUCCUUGUCACAGGAAUAUUACUGUUGAAGCUAUGAAGUCCCUGCAUAUCCCCAUAGGAGUAAAGCGUGUACUAUUCAGAACGUUAAACACUGCCAGGCGCUUGAUGUGGAAAAAGGAGUUCGACAAAUGCUAUCCCCCCUUCGCCUCCCCCUGGUCCGCCCCUGUGGAUAACACCGACAUCAAACUUGUUGGAGUCGAUUAUUUAUCUGCUGCUGCCUAUGAUGAUCUGAUUCCUUCUCACCAUGCUUUUCUUGAAGGCAGAGAGAUUAUCCUCGUCGAAGGUCUCAAGUUGGAUAACAUUGAAGCCGGGGCACAUACUGUCAAUUGCUUGCCGCUAAGAUUGGUUGGUGCUGAGAGGUCUGCGCUAAGAUGCAUACUCGUCAAGUAA